UGUCAAGAAUUAGCUCAAAUUCUACAUACACAAUUUUGUCAGCCUUUCUGCAUUGCGGCACCUAGUACAAUGCCUAGCUCAUAGUGGGUGCUCAGAAAAUUUUGUGGAAUGAAUAAAUGUUUGUAAGACCAUGGGAGUUUCAUUUCUUGGCAGGAAAGUUGCCAUGUUACAUACCAUCAUGUCUUGUUCUCAGUGUCUCUUGUUCUUAGAGACUCUUGACUUAAGAAGGGGCAGAAGGUAGCUAGCCAGACUUGAUCUCACAAAUACUUUAUGGGACUAGCCAGGUUUCUUUUUUUUUGUUUUGAGCAAGAAUAAAUCAAGCAUGACUAAAUCAGCAGUUUAGAAGACUCCAGGCAAACAAUGAAAUUAUUCUCAAUGGAGAGGAAGAAACUCCAACACUAUGUAGAGAGCUUGAUGGUCAUACAUUUUUGAGUAAGCUUAAAUAUAAUCAUACGUAUCUAUUUAAAAUUCAGCUUUUCAGUACGCUCACCCAUGAGACAGUAAAUGGCACUUUGCUCAUUUCCUGUAGACUGCACUAAAACUCUUGUAGUCAUUCAAAGGUGAGCUUCUUUAUCCUUUCGCCUGUUGUAUACCACUAGCAAGCUUGAUUACCUGGUUUUGAAGCCCUUGCCAAAUAAGCUACAAAUUAGAAGGGGGAUGAAUUGCAAUUAGCAAGUACCUAGAGAACUGUGCCAGUCUGGCUACAAGAAAGGAGAAGAGAAACUAUAAAAAAAUUUAAAGUACAGUGAUCUCAUGCAUAUUUAAUGUCAGGACAAAAAGCCUUAUGCUCACCAGUAUAGAAGGAUGUACAUAUUUUACAACAUAAGACAUGUAUCACUGAUAUAUACAAAUCCUGAGUCAUUAAAAAUACAUAAGGUAACUGUUCCGUGUUACCUGUUUAAGAAAACGAGGAAUUACAUGGCUUUUAGAUUAUAAGUCAAAAUGGUGCUUCUUAAAGAGUAUGCUUGGGAAUACUGGUAUACCCAGAAAACUUGGCCUUCCAAACCAAUUUAUAUACCAAGUGCUGUGGCUGAGAUUUAGAUUUGAUAUAAAAUUUGAUUUACUAUAUGUAAGUACAUUAUUUAUAUACAGAAUUCCUUCCUAGUGGAAGAGGUUACCCUGGGUUUUAUUUACUAAUAUGAGUUACACCAGUCAGAGAUCAUUAGUGAUCUGUUCUCUGUAGUAUCAAUGGGAUAACCCUUUAACUUGUUACUGUAGCUAUUACUGUUUGAAUUUUAUCAUUUUCUAGGGUACAUGAAAUUUUUACUUUUCAUUGCAGCUAGUGUAAAAAAAAAUAAUUCUAAAAAGCAACACCAUGCUUUCCAUUCCCCAGUGGCAACCACUUUCAACUCUUUGCUGAUUCUUACGUUAUUUACUUCCAUAUUGUUAUUGUGCUCUAUUUUGCUGCUGCUUGGUUUUUCAAGCUUAGGUGUUAUCUAUGGACUUUCUGGUGUGGAAGUUGAGGAUUUUGCUUGUUUUCUACCCUGUGGAUACACAUAGUCUUACUAUCUUCCCAAAGUCUUUUGUAGCUAUAUCAUAAUUUAGAUUAGAUCAGUAUUGGGGUUUUACCUUGUGACUGUUUGUAGCUAGCCCAUGUUAUAUACUGUUAUUGCAUAACUUUUUUUUUUUUAGUUUAUUGCCUUUUUUUAAAUUUAUUUUUUGUACUUGCCACACAUUUCUUCCCAAACUCUUAAUUUGUGCCAGCCUCCUUUUAAUAUGUUCAAACACAUAGUAUUCAUUCUUCACACUGUCUUCUCUUCUGGUAUGUUCCAGUUUGGAUUAGUUUACUCUAGGUUGCUGCACCCCUCUUGCCUUGGUGUAUCCCUUCACUUUCAUACUGAGCAAUGUUUUUGUUCUUUCUUUUUUUGGUUGAACUGAUUGUGUGUGUGUAUAUAAAUGUGUGUGCUAAUCCCUAGAGAAAGUGCGUGUAGGAGGUGUAUUUUUUUUAAAGAUCUUGCAUGUGUUUUCCUCAUACUUGAUUAAUAGUUUGGGUAUGGACUUACAGGUUGUGAAUAAUUUUUCCUUAGAAUUAUUUUGAAGGCAUCGGCUCAUUUCCUAUCUUCCAAAUGUUAAGAAACGCAGUGCUAUUCUGGUUCUGAAUUUUUUUGUAUGUAUUCAUUUCCUCCCACCCUAGACCUCUUAGGAUCUUUUUGUAAUGUUCUAAAUCUUGCCAAUAAUGUAUUUUGGAGUGGGCCAUCCAUUGUCCUGGUUACUGUGGACUUUUCAAUACGGAAAGUUCUCCAGUUCUGGGAAUUUUUCUUGAGUUAUUUGUGGAUUCCUCCAACCCCCUUGUCUCUUUCUGAAAAUAACAAUUAUUUGGAUAUUAGACUUCCUGGGUUACUCUCCUAAUAGUAUAUUUACUCUCCUGUUUACUAUCUUCUCUUCUUCCUUGUGGGAGAUUUCCUGAGUAUUAUUUUCUAACCUAUCUACUUUGUUUUGUUUUUCUCUGCUAUCGUAUUUUUAAUGUCCAAGACCUUUUUUGAUUGAAUAUUCCUUUGUUUUGACAUCUUACGUAUUAAAAGCUUUCUCAAAUUCUUGGCUGUCUGCUCUUUUUUACGAGUGGGACCCUGAAAAACUGAUUGGAAGAUCUAUUGGGGAGUAGGGUAGGAGGGAGGUUACUGACUGUGGGACUCCACUGUGAUCUGGCUGGGUUGUUAUAAUGGGGAAUACAUUCUUCAAUUCUUUUCCCUUACAUACGGAAGAUUCCCCUGAGAAGGCUUGUGUAUCCUCUGUAAGCCAGACUGCCAGUUUUCUGGAAGUAGUGUGGGGAAGGAAGGCUGAAGACUCUCAACUUUCAGUGCAAAAACUUAAAUAAUCCUGUUUUCAGUAAGGUACCCAAGCCUUUAACUGUGCCUGAUGUACCUCAGUUUAGAUACCAUCCGUUUACCUUCUGGAGUCCUGCCAGCUUUGGGGCAGGGCAGUUCUUUGGGUGCUUGGAGGAGGGAGAGCAUCUAGAGGUCUUUGUUUCUUAUGCAGCCUUUCAGUUUACCCUUUUUCUUAGCCCCGCUUUCACCUCCACCUAGUUACCUAGUGUCAACAAUUCUAGAGCUUUUUGGGAGUUCUGUGAUGUAAAUCACAUUGCUUUUUUGCUUUCCCAAUGCUGGCUUUGGGAUUCAGCUUUCUUUCACCUAAAUAAGUUACUUUUCAUUUUCCAAAAUUUUCUCAUAUUUUAUUCUCACCCUUUACUAUUAUUUCAGUAAGGUUUUGGAAGGGAAGGAAGGCCACUGUGUACAUUCGUUCUCCCGUAUGCUAUCUUUAACUGGUGUUCUGCCUGAAAUGUUUAUUUUUUUCAGGCUAAAAAAUAUAAUCUUAAUUCCAUUCAUACACAGCCUUUUCUUCCUUUGUUCAUAUUCGUUGCUGCACAGUGAGGAAACCAGAGAAAGAGGGGUAAAAAAAAAAACGACCCAUAAAAUUUGCUUGAUUACAUGAACCCCUGUGAUGUCAUGGUUAUAACCUCAGGUAUACAUGGUUUGAAGUGUUCUGUUCUUGAUUUCUAUGCCUGAUGUUGCUUCUUUAAAACAUAUGUGCAUUUUUGGUGUAGUAUAUUUUACUCUAGUAUAAUCAGUAGCUACUUCUGCUAAGUGCAUGUGGCCCAGUUUUGAGAACUGGAGAAUAUAAUGGAAAUGAUGCUGCCUGGGCCCUGAGUUUGCAGUCUACUGUCGAGGCAUUACCUAUUUUUUUCCAGAUUACUGGUUCUCAAGCAAGUCCCCUCGCCCGGAAUUUACUUCCCUGCUCAAAUUGGCUACUCUACUUUUUUUCAUUUGCGUUGUAAAAUGAGGCCUUUUUGGCUUCUACCUACCUGUUUCUUAACACAUUAAGGAUGAGAAAGGGGGUAGAACUAAGCUAUGCAGAUGCUCUUCCUUCAAAAAGUUUUGAGCUAAACUUAGGUCUUGUUUUGGAACGUGUUCACAGACAAGGCAAAAUUGUUUCUCCUGACAUUGCCUCAGACUACAUUUUUGAUGCUUCUCAUGCCCACCACGAUGUUCGAGUCAUUCUUCACAACAUCAAUUCUCAACAGCUGUUCCUAGCUUCCCAGCUCUAGUACUGUCUGAAGAGCAGUUUAUAAGGUUUAGGAAGCGCUUUGCAGUCCUGACUGAACAGGAUCCCCGCAGUCCUGUCAGGCAGCUGGACACGGUGCUCAGCGGUCAAGGGCUGGUCGUUUACAAAGGUAUCCGUCCAGCCUUUCCGGCCACGAGCGACCUCGGGGCGCUGCCCCAGAAGCGGGCGCUGGUUCCCGAGACAGGUUCCGGUGCACUGGCUCCCCUUAGGAGCGCCCGAGGGCGGCCUGCGGAGGUUCACACCGGACGCCCAUUUCACUUGAGCCCUCGGAGAUCAGUUCACAUGGAUGCGGCCAGCGUUCUUAAACCUCUUCAGCCAGGAACCCCCACCCCCGACUCCAAAGUAACCCAGGUCGGACCGGCUCAAGCGAGGGAAGAGGCGGCAAAUCCGCUCUCCCCUCUCCUGAAUGGCCAACCUUAGAGCCGGACACGGGGACGCGCGCGCUCUUGCUUUACGGCUAGGGACGCGCGCGUUUGCGACAGCGUGACGCCAGCGAGUUUUGGCGGGAAAACUGCUGCCUUUGGAUUCGUGUGGUGGCGGGCACAGGACAGUCUGCCAGCUGCUUAGUGGAGUCAUGGCAGUGCCCUUUGUGGAAGACUGGGACUUGGUGCAAACCCUGGGAGAAGGUGCCUAUGGAGAAGUUCAACUUGCUGUGAAUAGAAGAACUGAAGAAGCAGUUGCAGUGAAGAUUGUGGACAUGAAGCGUGCCAUAGACUGUCCAGAAAAUAUUAAGAAAGAAAUCUGUAUCAAUAAAAUGUUAAACCAUGAGAAUGUAGUGAAAUUCUAUGGCCAUAGGAGAGAAGGCAAUAUCCAGUAUCUGUUUCUGGAGUACUGUAGUGGGGGAGAACUUUUUGAUAGAAUAGAGCCAGACAUAGGCAUGCCUGAACAAGAUGCUCAGAGGUUCUUCCAUCAACUAAUGGCAGGGGUGGUUUAUCUGCAUGGUAUUGGAAUAACCCAUAGGGAUAUUAAGCCAGAAAAUCUCCUAUUGGAUGAAAGAGAUAACCUCAAAAUCUCUGACUUUGGCUUGGCAACAGUGUUUCGGCAUAAUAAUCGUGAGCGUUUACUGAACAAGAUGUGUGGUACUUUACCUUAUGUUGCUCCAGAACUUCUAAAGAGAAAAGAAUUUCACGCAGAACCAGUUGAUGUUUGGUCCUGUGGAAUAGUUCUUACGGCAAUGUUGGCUGGAGAAUUGCCGUGGGACCAGCCUAGUGACAGUUGUCAGGAAUAUUCUGAUUGGAAAGAAAAAAAAACAUACCUCAACCCUUGGAAAAAAAUUGAUUCUGCUCCUCUAGCUCUGCUGCAUAAAAUCCUAGUUGAGAAUCCAUCAGUAAGGAUUACCAUCCCAGACAUCAAAAAAGACAGAUGGUACAAUAAACCACUCAAGAAAGGGACAAGGAGGCCCCAGGUCACUUCAGGAGGGGUAUCAGAAUCUCCAAGUGGAUUCUCUAAGCACAUUCAAUCCAAUUUGGAUUUCUCUCCAUUAAAUAGUGCUUCAAGUGAAGAAAAUGUGAAGUACUCCAGCUCCCAGCCAGAACCACGGACAGGCCUUUCAUUAUGGGACACCAGUCCCUCAUACAUUGAUAAACUGGUACAAGGGAUCAGUUUUUCCCAGCCUACGUGUCCUGAUCACAUGCUUCUGAAUAGUCAGUUACUUGGCACUCCAGGAUCCUCGCAGAACCCUUGGCAGCGCUUGGUCAAAAGAAUGACACGAUUUUUUACCAAACUGGAUGCAGACAAAUCUUAUCACUGCCUGAAAGAGACUUGUGAGAAGUUGGGCUAUCAGUGGAAGAAGAGUUGUAUGAAUCAGGUUACUGUGUCAACAACUGAUAGGAGAAAUAAUAAACUAAUUUUCAAAGUGAACUUGGUGGAAAUGGAUGAGAAGAUAUUGGUAGACUUCAGACUUUCUAAGGGUGAUGGACUGGAGUUCAAGAGACACUUUCUGAAGAUUAAAGGGAAGCUGAGUGAUGUUGUGAGCAGCCAGAAGGUUUGGCUUCCUGCCACAUGAUAGAUCUGUUGGCUCUGGGGUUCCUGGUGAAUAUAGUGCUGCUAUGUUGACUUUAUUCUUCCUAGAGAAGAUUACCCUGUUCUGCGCACUGCAAAUCUAAAACGGUAGUUCCUGAAGAGAUCUCUUCCUCCUGCUAUCCACACAUCUUCCACUUCUUUUUGUAUGUUCUGUAUACAGAUAAUACCUAUGUCAUAAUCGUAAAUAAAGCUUUGGGGAAGGGA